AUGGCUAGAAAAUCAGCCAAGAUAGAUGCGAAUGAGCAUAGUCGCAGUAAUGAGUCCAUUAGCAGUUUAACGCGACCCCAAUUGUAUGGUAUUUACGACCCAGACAUCACUAUAAGCGAGGAUAACGAAGUAUACGAAGAAGCAAAAAAAUCAGUGGGAAAGUUUCCAAAAGCUUGGAGAAAGACCGCUGCUCAAGCAGAGCACCAAUCGGCUGUCCAAAAAAGUGUUCAGUUGCUGUGGUCUUUGUCGCUGCUGGGAGUUGCCGGAAUUUCGUACAACGAGCUCAGCAAGCAACUGCAUGACAAUCACGAACUACACGCACAACUGGCUUCAAGACCAUUGGCUUUGGGAGUGGAGAUUUGCAGGACCCUCAGUUUCGGUAUGGUGCCAACAUGGCUGGCUUACGCGCUGGAAGGUGUGCUUUUUGGCGCUUUGCUUCCUCUUAUCGAGACGCUGGGAGGUCGUCCAGUGCAAACCACGACUUUUGCUUCGUUCUUGCGUUGUGUCAAUGCAACUUUGGGCGUGGCUUUUGGCAUUCGCAGAAUAGAAUGGAGCUCCUCGCUACAAGCUAGCGGUGCAUGGUUUUUGCUCAACAUUGUUCUUUGGAUGUUUUUCGAUGGAACGCCGUCGAUGCUGCUGGGAUGUUUAGGAAUUGGAACAAUCGCUUCAAUAACCUGUUACCGUGACGUGACGGACUAUUCGCAAAUGUUGUAUUUCAUGGAUUUUUAUUUCCUGGGUCUACUGCUAUUUGGAAAGCUAGGAAGAUAUCUUUACGGACAAAAAUCGUAG